CUUCCGUAUAGUAAUCUUGCUGGUGAUUCAGAAACAUGGCGGACAGGGAGUCGCCGGGAGAAGCGGAAUUUGCUAAACGCAUAGACCCGAAAAAGGAUAGCUUGACCAAAGAACAACUAGAAUUUAUACGGAAAGUAGAGCUGGCUCAGUGGCAAAAAAAAGUCCAGAAGCGACGCGGGAGGAAUGCGUUCACGGGCUUAGCUAUCGGGGCCAUCGUCUUGGGGAUCUACGGAUACACAUUUUAUUCAGUAUCUCAGGAACGAUUUUUGGAUGAUUUGGAAGAAGAAGCAAAAGGUGUUCGAGGAAAAACUGCUUCCAAGACUUCAGCAAACUGAAACAAUUAGUUUAUAGAAAGUGUGUACAGUUUUUCUCUGGAUUUGUGAGUGAUCAAACUGAGCAAAUACACAGCUAACAAGAGAUUAAAAAAUUAAAUGUGCUGAAUCAAGAUGCACAUUUUUCAAAAUGCACAGAG